CUCCUCCUCUCUCACCUUCAAACAUGCUCCGUACAGCCCGCCGCUCAUUUUUACCUUAUAGAAGUCUUCAGAGGCAUAGAGGCCUUGCAACUGCAACGCCCAUUAUACCCGCUAAUACACAUGGCCAUCUGCCCACCUCUCAGUCACCCAUAACACCGAAGUUGCACUUCUUUAACUCGGUUACACCGGAUGGAACGCAGAUACCCACUUAUCGCGUUUUAGACGGUGUUGGGAACGUCUUAGAGGGUGCUGAUUUUCCUGAGAUCGACCGAGCACUCGCUCGCAGAAUCUUCGGAUCUCGAGCUCUCCCGUGCGCCGGAUACAAAGUUAGAAUAGAUGUUGACGCCUCGUCUUAGGUACGAACAAAUGUUACAACUUCCUGUAAUUGACAACUUGCUUUACAAUGUGCAACGGCAAGGAAAAAUAUCUUUCUAUAUGACUGCGCAUGGUGAAGAAGCAACACUUAUAGGUUCGGCGGCUGCUCUUGCGGAUGAUGAUGAGAUAUUAAGUCAAUAUCGAGAGAUGGCUGUUUUAUUGUGGCGAGGUUUCGGGUUCGACGAAAUCAUGGCCCAAUGUUUCGGGAAUCAUGAAGAUACCUGUACGAAGGGAAAGCAGAUGCCUAUCCACUUCGGAUCGCGAGCACACCAUUUUCAUACCAUUUCUUCAACGUUGGCAACACAAAUCCCGCAAGCUGCGGGAGUCGCCUUUGCGCUGACACGCGAUCCUCUAAGGCGGGGGAAGAACUGCGCCGCUGUCUAUUUCGGUGAAGGCGCAGCAUCAGAAGGCGAUUUCCAUGCAGGAAUGCUGUUAGCUUCAACGAUUCCGUCGCCGACGCUGUUCAUUGCUCGGAACAACGGGUUUGCCAUCUCCACUCCUGCAUCAGAGCAGUUUCACGGUGAUGGUAUCGCAGCCCGGGGUCCCGGAUAUGGCGUUCAUACUAUACGAGUGGAUGGCAAUGAUGUCCUUGCUGUCUACAGCGCCGUCAAAGAGGCUAGGCGACUUUGUCUUCAAGAGGGUCGUGGCGUCCUUGUGGAGGCUAUGACUUAUCGUGUGGGACAUCAUUCUACAUCAGAUGAUUCCUUUGCGUACCGCCCUCGUCAGGAAGUCGAAGAUCGGAAGCGGAUUGACAACCCCAUCGCUCGGUUCCGCAAGUUCCUCGACGCGAGAGGUUGGUGGAGUGAUGCGGAAGAAGACGCGUACAAAGAUCGGGUGAAGAAGGAGAUCAUGAAAGCAUUCAGGCGGGGAGAGACUAUGCAACACCACCCGGUCUCGGAGAUGUUUAAUGAUGUCUAUGGCGGUCAGGAGCCAUGGAAUAUCAAGGAGCAAAGGGAAGAAUUGAAGGCGCUCCUGAAGAAGUACGGGAAGGACUGGGAACCAUGGAGAAACGAGUUGAAGAAGUUCAAAGGCGAGGGAAAGGAGCUUUCCGAGUGAACUGACUGAUGCUGAGGCUGUGCUGACACGCAUUGUAUGCCUACAUGUAAACCACUAAACACCCUCAAAAAGUAUCAACUGACGCGUAAACACAAAACGCGACGCCAUCACGUGGCUGCAAAUUGCGAUCACUGGGUGCGUCUAGAUCGCUCAUGUCGCCAGGACAACUGUUCAGCUCGAACACAUGUAAAACGCAACUCUAACCUUGGGAUGAAAAGUUGCUUC